UGUUCUCCGCCUUCAAGCCACCGAGCACCACUGAUGGAAAACCCUGCGUUUAGUCCAUCUCUGUGUGCUCAGCGCAGCGUGUAGUUCUAGGAGCGCUCCUCCGGACCAGGACACCGUCAUCAUGAAGUUGGUGGUCCUCCUCCUCUUCCUCCCCUGCCUCCUCAUGUGGACGUCCUGCCCGCGGUGUCUCGCCAGCAUCGCCGCUAAAAAUGAGUUUGUGUCAUUGGCGGAGAUGGAAGACGAGCUGCUGAGGAACCUUUUCCAAGGCUACCAGCGCUGGGUCAGGCCAAUCCAACGAGCCAAUGACACCAUCAGAGUACGUUUAGGACUCAAGAUCUCCCAGCUGGUUGAUGUGGAUGAGAAGAACCAGCUCAUGACAACUAACGUUUGGCUGUGUCAGGAGUGGUUCGAUUACAAGCUGCGAUGGAAUCCAGACAAAUAUGGAGGAAUCACUACCAUCAGAGUUCCCUCUGAAAAUAUCUGGCUGCCAGACAUCGUCCUCUAUGAGAAUGCUGAUGGGCGUUUCGAGGGCUCCCUCAUGACCAAAGCCAUUGUCAAGUACACCGGUAUGGUCACCUGGACGCCCCCUGCCAGUUACAAGUCGGCCUGCACCAUGGAUGUCACCUUUUUCCCUUUUGACCGCCAGAACUGCACCAUGAAGUUUGGCUCCUGGACCUACGAUGGCCACAUGGUGGAUCUGGCCCUGAUGGACUACCAGGUAGAUCGAAAAGACUUCUUUGACAAUGGGGAGUGGCAGAUCCUCAAUGCCACCGGUGCCAGAGGAAACCGGAAGGAUGGCUUGUAUUCAUACCCCUUCAUUACGUACUCUUUUAUUCUGAAGAGGCUACCGCUGUUCUACACUCUCUUCCUCAUCUUCCCCUGUCUGGGUUUGUCCUUUCUGACCGUCUUGGUGUUUUACCUUCCCUCAGACGAAGGAGAGAAGCUGUCACUUUCUACCUCUGUCCUCGUCUCGCUCACUGUGUUCCUCCUGGUCAUAGAGGAGAUCAUCCCCUCCUCCUCCAAGGUGAUCCCACUCAUCGGAGAGUACCUGCUCUUCAUCAUGAUCUUCGUCACACUCUCAAUCAUCGUCACCGUCUUCGUCAUCAACGUCCACCACCGCUCCUCUGCGACCUACCACCCCAUGUCCCCGUGGGUUCGUAACCUCUUCCUCCAAAAGCUCCCGAGGCUGCUCUGCAUGCGCGGACACAUCGACCGCUACCACUACCCAGAGCUGGCCCCUGAGAGCCCUGAGCUGAAGACGCGCUCUGGAGCGCGGAGAGCCGGGCAAAGGAGCGGAGCCCAUGGACAGGCGACUGCUGAGGGGAAGGAGGAGGAAGCCUGGGCGACCAUGAUGGAGAAGGCCAUCUACUCAGUGCGGUACAUCAGUAGACACAUCCGCAAGGAGCACUUCAUCCGCGAGGUGGUACAAGACUGGAAGUUUGUGGCCCAGGUGUUAGACAGGAUCUUCCUAUGGGCUUUCCUCACCGUCGCGAUACUGGGUACCAUCGGUAUCUUCACUCCAGCGCUGCAAAAUUUCUUGAAAAUCCCUCCUCCAACUGCGAGUGAGAAUUCACCUUCACACUAGUGGCAAUAACAUAUGACUUUCACAGACAACCGCUGAUCCACCUUCAAGAAUCUUUUAAACACUUGAACAAGAGGAAGCCCCAGCAAGGGCUUUUUAACAGGAACACCGACACUUUGAUUUUUAGUUUGGUUUCUUCUCUAGAUCCACUGUGUAAUGUGUUCUUUAUGUCAGUAUGUGUACAAUUUGAUUUGAUCAUGAUGACAUCAUGUUUUGUUUGUACAUAAAUGAGGCAAACUUAGUAAAGCUCUGUAAAACCAGUGUUACAUUUGAGCCUGUCAUUGCCAAAGUCAUUCAAUUUCAAGUUUUACUCAAAAUGGCUUCAAGCAGCACACAACUGUUAGUGUACCUUAGAUUAAAACUACUGGUCAUGUUAGCCAAGUAUUUAAGCUUCAGUUUUAUGAAACUUUCAGCGGAAAGUACAAAGUUAAACCACAGAUUUUUAUAAUUUGCUUAAGUUAUGUACUUAAACUAAUGUCCUCAUUAUUGCUUCAUGUUUUUAGGGGAAAUUUCCCUUGAUUUUGUUGUAUGUGGUGGAUUUGUUUUCUUGAGUUGUCAUUUUAUUCAUUUAUUCACGUUAUGAUUAUUCUGUCACAACAUUAAGAUAAUCACAAACCUGAAGCACAAAAUACCUCUUACUCUAACUACUAGUUAUAUAUUAUAAGAAAAGGAAACAACUUAAUUGCUCAAUGUGUCAACAACAACAAUGUCCAUAUCUCUUAUGUACUGAUGUCUGUCUCAUCCCAUUCAAAUAAAGAACUUGCUACAUUUGGUCACUGCUU